AUGACCGUCGAGCUGGACUUCGAGGAGUGCCUCAAGGACUCGCCCCGCUUCAGGGCUGCAAUAGAGACGGUGGAAACGGAAGUGUCGGCCUUGGAGACCCAGCUGGAGAAGCUGCUGAAGCUCUUCACCACCAUGCUGGAGUCUGGGCGGCAAUAUUGCUCCCACAGCAAGAACUUUGUGGCGGGCGUCCAGGAGCUGUCGCAGAAUUCGCAGGGGGACUCCAUGAUGAGCGAGUGCCUCAAAAAGUUUUCGGAGAGCCUCAACCAGAUGGUCAGCAGGCACGAGGAACUCCUGGACACGACGCAACAAUCCUUCAAGCAACAGCUGCAGAGUUUGGUGAAAGAAGACAUUAAGCAGUUCAAGGAGACCCGUAAGGAAUUCGAACGCAGCAGCGAAACCCUCUCCAGCGCCCUCCACCAUAACGCUGAGGUGCCCCGGCGACGCCACCAUGAAGCCGAAGAGGCCGUGGUUGCUCUGAAGGCUGCCCGCACUGCUUUCCGGGCACGAGCCCUCGACUACGUCCUCCAGAUCAACGUUAUCCAGUCCAAGAAGAAAUUUGAGAUCCUGAAGUUUAUGUUGACCUCCAUGGAAGCCCAGGCCGCGUACCUCGAGCAGGGAUUCCUAGCGGCCAAGGAGCUGGUGCAGUAUCGGAAGGACUUGGCGGCCCAGCUCCACCAGUUGGUUCUGGAGUCGGCCCGAGAAAAGCGGGACAUGGAGCAGCGGCACACAGUGAUCAAGCAGAAGGACCUGUUGCAAGAUGAUGCGGUUCCUGAGCUCCGUACAGAGCCAGGGCUGGUGGUGAUGGAGGGGUACCUGUACAAGAGGGCCAGCAACGCCUUCAAGACGUGGAGCAGGCGCUGGUUUUCCAUACAAAGCAACCAGUUGGUGUAUCAGAAAAAGGCAAAGGACACCUUGACGGUGGUGGUGGAGGACCUGCGGCUGUGCACCGUGAAGCCCUGCCCGGACCAGGAGCGCCGCUUCUGCUUCGAAGUGGUUUCGCCCUCCAAGAGCUGCCUCCUCCAAGCGGAUUCAGAGCGCCACCAGCAGGCUUGGGUGUCGGCUGUCCAAAGCAGCAUCGCUUCGGCUUACAGUGAGGAACACCCAGAGCCCCUGGGGCAGCAGCCCCUGGAACGAGCCGCGUCCCUCUGUGUGGGCAAACUGCAGUCCCCCAUGGGCCGGCGGCUGCGGGGGGGCACAGACAAGCACGUGGUGGAUCAGGUCCAGCGGCUGGAGGGCAACGCCCAGUGCUGCGAUUGCCGGGAGCCUGCGCCCGAAUGGGCCAGCAUCAACCUGGGAAUCACGCUGUGCAUUGAGUGCUCGGGCAUCCACAGGAGUCUCGGUGUGCAUUUCUCCAAAGUGCGGUCACUAACCCUGGACUCUUGGGAACCUGAGCUUGUGAAGCUGAUGUGUGAAUUGGGAAAUCGCAUCAUCAACCAGAUCUACGAAGCGCGGGUCGAGGAGAUGAACAUCAAACGCCCCCACUCUGGUGGCUCUCGGUCAGAGAAAGAGGCCUGGAUCAGGGCCAAAUACGUGGAAAAAAAAUUCACCACCAAAUUCCCCGAGAUUCGGGGGCGGCUGAGUCGGGGUGGGGAUGGGCGUGGGCCCGAGAAGCCCCCCAAACCAUUCUUGAAACCAAAACCUCCACGUCUGGCUCGGGGGAGUACAGGGACCAGUCCAGGCAAUCUGUCUCCUGCAGCAGGGCCACGGGAGAGCGUGGCAUCUGGAGAAGACUUGCACAGUUUGCACCCAGGACCCCUGCUGUACCGUGCAGCUGCUUCGCCCCCCAGCUUGCCCACGAUGGCAGAUGCCCUGGCCCAUGGCGCUGACGUCAACUGGGUCAACGUGGCUCACGAGAGCCGCACACCUCUGCUACAGGCCGUGUCGGCGAAUUCCCUCUUGGCCUGUGAAUUCUUGCUGCAGAAUGGAGCCAGCGUCAACCAGGCCGACUGCAGGGGCCGGGGCCCCCUCCACCACGCCACCAUCUUGGGCCACACGGGGCUGGCCUGCUUGUUCCUCAAACGUGGCGCCAACAUGAGUGCGGUCGAUGAGGAAGGGAAGGAUCCGCUCUCCAUCGCCAUCGAGUCGGCCAAUGCGGACAUCGUGACAUUACUGCGCUUGGCCAAGAUGCGGGAGGUGGAGCUGGCCCAGGGUCAAUCUGGCGACGAAACGUACCUCGACAUCUUCCACGACUUUUCCCUCAUGGCCUCCAACGACCCUGACAAACUCAACCGCCGCAGCCACGACCUUAAGCUCACCACCUUGUGAGGAGAGCCGGCACUCUUCUUCACUGGGCUUCCGGAAUUGGAGGGUGUCUGGGAAUAGCCAGCGGGGGGGAGGGUGGAACUGUCUUCCAGGAUCUGGCUUCCAAUAUGCACACCGUCCUGGGACCCGGGAGGCUGUUGUGCCAGACUCUUUGAAGGAUGACUCGGUCGUUGCCGCCAUCUUGGUGACUUUGUGGAACUUGAAGAAGGACCUGGUUGGGCGUGGGACAUUAGGGGGCAGAUGUCAGCUUUCCAAACACCUGGCUUUGGACUCUGGACCCCCACCUAACCCCGACCCGCUCUGCGCCUAUGUUUUAUUUAUUGCUCUCUGCCUUGUCCUGGCUGUUGAUGGAUCAAUCACUGAAUUAAUUUCUUGACCGGUGCUGUUUCUGCCCACAAUCCUCUGUGGGCUUCCUUCAGUCUUGCAUCAACCGGGUGAGGAUUGGGUCCCAGAGAAGGCUGGGUAAACGUGGCCCAGCAGGGGCUGGGAAAGAUGCCAGGCUGAUGUCGCAAAGGGCAGAAACGGGGUUUCUGAUCUCGGAGACAAUGAAAUAAAGAAAGUUUUCCACGCGGUUAUUCUUUUAGACUGAAAACCCACUCUGUCCUUCUCAGCCUGGAGGGGCUGGCAGAAAGGAAGCUCAAGAAAAUGGCUGCGGAAAGGACAAGAAUGAACUCUUUUGAAACGAACUCCUUUCUGCCAGCUGCCUGCUUUUCUGACUGCUGCGGUUACCUCCAGUGUGGAGUUUUCUUUUAUUAAAAGCAAUUGGCUUGUGUUCA